AGCUGCGCUGUGAGCCACGCACAUCUGAAAGUCUUCCAGGAUGAGCUACACUCUGGAAACUAUAGGCAGCCCCUCUUAUAGGAGGAUGGCAGAGACUAGAACCAGCUAUGGACGGACAAGCAGCUCUCCGUCCAGUGGGUUUAGAUCCCAAAGCUGGUCCAGAAGUACCCCCAGCACCAUCUCCUCCUCCUAUAAGAGGAGCAACCUGGCUGUUCCCAGAGGGUUCAGCUCUAGUGACAGCCUGGAUAUUAGUCAGUCCUCUGGCUACAAUGGGGACCUCAAGCAAGUAAGAUCAAGUGAGAAAGAACAGCUACAAGGGCUUAAUGAUCGUUUUGCUGGUUACAUUGAGAAAGUGCAUUACCUGGAGCAGCAGAACAAAGAGAUUGAAGCUGAGAUUCAGGCCCUUAGACAAAAACAGAGCGGUCACUCCCAAUUGAGUGAUGUCUACGAGCAGGAAUUGAGGGAGCUGCGUUCCAACCUUGAGCUCAUCGGUCACGAAAAGGCUCAGAGGAUACUGGACUCAGAACACUUAGAGGAGGACAUUCAGAGGCUGAAGGAGAGAUAUGAAGAGGAAGCUCGAAUCAGAGAUGAGACAGAAGCUGCCAUCCGGGCAAUGAAGAAAGACAUGGAGGACACAUCCUUGAUAAGGGUGGAGCUGGACAAGAAGGUGAUGUCUUUACAAGAAGAGGUGGCCUUCCUCAAAGGUAAUCAUGAAGAGGAAGUUAACGAGCUGUUGGCACAGAUCCAGGCCUCACAUAUCACGGUGGAGAGGAAAGAUUUCCAGAAAACAGACCUGGCCUCUGCCCUGAGGGAAAUUCGUUCCCAGCUAGAGGGUCACUCCAACCACAACAUGGUCCAAACAGAGGAAGUCUUCAAAACCAGAUAUGCCAAACUCACCGAGGCAGCAGAGCAGAACAAAGAGGCCAUAAAGUCAGCUAAGGAUGAGAUAUCAGAAUACAGGAGGCAAUUGCAUAGCAAGUCCGUGGAGCUUGAAUCUGUCAGGGGCACCAAAGAUUCACUAGAGAGGCAACUUAAUGACAUAGAGGAGCGACACAACCAUGACUUAACAAGUUACCAGGAAACUAUCCAACAGCUGGACAAUGAGCUGAGAGGAACAAAGUGGGAAAUGUCCCGUCACUUGAGAGAGUAUCAGGACCUGCUGAAUGUCAAGAUGGCUCUGGAUAUAGAAAUUGCUGCAUACAGGAAGCUCCUGGAAGGAGAAGAAACCCGAUACAGCACAUUCUCCAGUGUGCCCACAGGACCAUUGAUCACUCACAGACAGACGCCUAUCACUGUUUCAACUACACGGGUGCAUCAGGUGAGGUCUGAGCCCCCAAGGGUGAAAGUGCAGCAUAAGUUUGUUGAGGAGAUUAUUGAAGAGACCAAGGUAGAAGAUGAAAGGUCAGACAUGGAGGCUGUACUGGCUGCUAUGGCAGAAGAUUUUGCUGCAGGACUCUUGAAUGGAGAUGAACAGGUAGACGAAGAGCAGGAAGAAGAACAGGAUGAGGAACAAGCAGAAGAGCAACAAGAAGAGCAAGUUGAGGAAGAGAUUGUCGCUGCUGUCAAGUCCACUGUACAAGCAGCUGCACCAGGGGAGGGGGAGGAGGAGGAAGCAGGGGGAGAUGAGCAGGAAGAGAAAGAAGAGGCAGAAGAAGAAGGCGAAAAGGAGGCAGAUGAGGAAGAGGUAGAAGAGGAAGGGGAGAAAGGAGAAGAAGAGGGUGGUGAUGAGGAAGACAAGGGAGAGGAAGAGGUGAAAGAGGAGGAGAAAGAGGAAGGAGAGGAAUCAGGAGAGGUUGAGGAGACAAAAGCAGAAGGAGAGGAGGAGGAGGGUGAAAAAACAGAAGAGGAAGAUGAGCAAGAGGCAGAAAAGGAAGAAGCAGAGAAGGGAGAAGUAGAAGCAGAGGAGGGAGAAGGUGAGGCAGAAGAGGAGGUUGAUAAGAAGGGAGACAAAGAGGAAGGUGAGGAAGAGAAAGAGGAAGGAGAGGAAGAGAAAGAGGAAGGAGAGGGCGAACAAGAGGAGGAAGAGGCAGAGGAGGAAGCAGAGGGAGAAGUAGAAACUGCAGAGGAGACACAAGAAGAAGUGGUAGAAGAGCUUAUGGUGGAAACUAAGAUUGUGAGAGUUAAGGCUUCAGUAAGGGAGGCAAUAGCUACAGAGGAAGUAGAAGAGGGAGAGAAAGAAACAGAAGAAGAGGAAGGAGGUAAAGGAGAGGAAGAGGGGGAUGUAGCUGAAAGUACAGAACAGCAGGAAGAGGAGAAAGGAGAGGAUGAGGAGAAAGGAGAGGAUGAGAAUGUUGAAGAGGAGGAGAAAGGAGAGGAUGACAAUGCAGAAGCUGAAGAAGAGGCUGCUGAAGAGGAGGGGGCUGGAGAUGACAAAGGCGAUGAAGAAACAGAAGAGAAAGCAGGGUCACCAGAGGAGAAAAGUGUAGAAGAGACAAUUGUUGUGGCCAAAUCAGCUUCUGUAGGUUCACAGAAAGAAGAAACCAAAGAAGAGGAGGAUGAAGAAGAAGCCAGUACCCCAAGGGAUGAUGAAAAGGAAGACACAGUGGUUAAUGGAGAUGUGGCGGAAGAGAAGGAAGAGAGUGAGGACAAAGGUGUAGUCACCAAUGGUCUUGAUGAAAGCCCUUCUGAAGACAAGGACAGCACCAAGAGCCAGCAGACUGUAGUCAUUACAAAGAAAGAGGAGACAACUACUAGUGAGGGUGAGGAUGGAACAAAGUACAUCACCAAGUCUGUGACAGUCACCCAGAAAGUGGAGAAACAUGAUGAGAGCUUCCAAGAGAAGCUGGUAUCUACCAAGAAGGUAGAGAAGGUCACUUCACAUGCAGUGGUUAAAGAAGUUACUGAGGACAAGUAAGACAACUUUAUCAGCAUUGCCAGCCAGCGGCAGGACUGAAUAAGCCAUAAGAUAAACUGCAUGUAAAGUGACAGCUUCAACUGGGCUUCUAGCAGAAGGGGUUCUCUCGUGGGUGGGGGCACCAGACACUGUAAUUUUACUUUCCGUGCAAUACUUGGGGGACAAAUGCAUGUAAGCUCCAGAUAUGCCUCUCCCACACAACUUGGGGAAUUCAUACACUAAACAAGCAGCUGCAUGAAAUGUACAACGAUGGAAAUAUUUGAGGGUUUCCCAAGUUGCUGUGGGUAAGGUUUAAUGUUCCGGACAUGGAAUUCUGAUGGUCAGAGUUACUGUUCCGGUCACUGGAGGGUCAUGAGCUGAAUUAUGCAAAGAACCAACUGAGCCAAAAAAAAAGGGGAAGGACAGUGUGAAACGGAAGUUUUAUCGCCUUAAUAAAUGAAAACUAUCCUUAUGUUUACCUCACUGGUGCAAUUAAUAGACUGCAGGUCAUGGGAGAACCAGGGUGACGUAUCACAACCUGCUGUCGAUUUAUGUAAAAGCAAACCUUACUCAAUAAAAGUAUUGGGAAUAUC